AAAAUCUCUCUUUCUCUCUCUCUCUUUCUCAGCUAAAACCAAAACAAUAUUCCUUAAAGAAUUUUUUCGAAUUUUUCUCUCAGAAAUCCUCAAUUAUGAGGCCAAUGAUCGAGAACCCAGAAUCAGAAUCUACUUUCUAGAUUCUUCCGAGGAACUGGAGAUAGCUAGUGUGAGGGGAGAGCGAUGUCGUCGCCGGACAUUGCCGGAAUAUUGGACAACUCGAAGGAGCUCGAUCGCUUGAGGAAAGAGCAGGAGGAGGUCCUGCUCGAGAUCAACAAGAUGCACAAGAAGCUGCAAGCCACUCCGGAGGUGGUUGAAAAGCCUGGUGAUAACUCUCUAUCAAGGCUUAAGAUGUUAUAUAUCCAAGCCAAAGAGCUUUCGGAGAGUGAAGUGACUGUUUCCACUCAAUUGUUAGGGCAACUGGAUGCUUUAUUGCCUUCUGGUACAGCUGGGCAACAUCGGAGAAGGAUAGAUGGUAGCGAGCAGAAGAAAAAGAGGAUGAAGGCUGAUUCAGAUGUCUCCAGACUCUCUCCUUCCAUGCGAAAUCAUCUAGAGUCUCUUGCAAAUUUGAAGGGUGAACAAGUAGCAGCAAGGGUAACUCAGGAGGAUGCUGGAAAGGAUGAAUGGUUUGUGGUUAAAGUAAUCCAUUUUGACAAGGAAACAAGAGAGUUUGAGGUCCUGGAUGAGGAACCAGGUGAUGAUGAGGAGGGCAGUGGACAGAGAAAAUACAAACUGCCUAUGUCACAUAUUAUACCAUUUCCCAAGCGGACCGAUCUCUCUAGUGUCCCGGAUUUUCCUCCUGGGAAACAUGUUUUGGCAGUGUAUCCAGAAACCACCGCACUAUAUAAAGCAACAGUCGUCCAAGCUCGCAAGAGGAAGACUGACGAUUACAUUUUGGAGUUUGACGAUGAUGAAGAGGAUGGAUCUUUGCCUCAGCGGUCGGUACCCUUCCACAGGGUUGUUCCUCUUCCAGAAGGAUAUCGUCAGUGAUCCUAUCCUGUUAAUAUCUGUAAAGACACGACAAAUGUGCCUAAUGCAUGUAUUUAAUUCUAUUACAGACAAGAAUUUCUGACAGUUCUAAUCCGUGGUGUUGCUAGUGCAAUAGAUUGACUUCUCAUGUGACUAAACAGGUGAUGAUGUAUAUAAAAAGGUUUUUAUGUA